AUGGUAAGAAAACGCUCAAAAGUAGCAAAAAGGCAUUAUUAUAGUGAAGAGGAACCUGAAACAGAGUCCGAUUUCGAAGAUGAUCCAGCUUACGAACCGGCUCCUAAAAAAUAUAGUCUGAGACAAAGAAAAAGACAAACAUUUAAUGCUGAUGAUUGGGAUUAUGAAGAGGAUGUACCUGUGGAGACUCCUAAAGUUGCUUCAGAUGAUGAAGAAUUUAACGUUACCAAUAAUAAUCCCAAGUUAGAUGAAGCAGCCAACAGUGAAAAUGUAAGUGACUCUACUGAUAAACCUACUGAAUCUGCAGUUGAAGAAACUGUAGGAAAUUGUGAUGAAUUGGUGGACUUUGAGGACAUGAUUAGAGCAGACGUAGUAGUUAACAAAAACAGAAUAGAUUAUGAUAAUGUUAUCCAAAAAACAGAGAUUAAAGUACAACCUUUAAGUGAAAAAGAACAAGUACUAAAGAAGUCGAAAUCUCAACCAUCCAAACCGAAACUUAAAAGAGGAAGGAAACCUAAGAGAAGAAAGAGUGAAGAAGAACCCCAAUAUUUUGCUCCCCAGAUACAAGAGGAUGAAAAUGAUGAAGAUUAUCACCCAUAUAAGCCAAGGAGAACUAGAAAACCCAAAAAGAGACCAGCUGGAGAAAUUGAUAGUAGUCUUUUAGAAGAUUUUGAUAAUGAUGAUGACUUGGAAGAUACAAAUGACAGGGAUUACAACCCAGAAGAUGAUUUAGACUAUCCAGGGCUUUCUAAUUUUAUUUUAAAUAGACAAAUCAGUGAUGAUUUUGAGGAUACUACAUCUAACACUGUUCUUAGUAAAGAAGGUAGUCUACCAGAGCCACACUCAUCAGCUGAUACUACUACCGCAGACACUACAGAUUCAGUUACAAAAACUGACUCAGUAAGUGGAAGUGGUGAUUUAGAAAUCACACAAUCAGGUGCAGCUUCAGAGGUUAUAGAAAACGUAUCCCAGAUCGAAAAGGCAACAAGUAUCCCAGAUACAGAGAAGGAUGCAUCUGAAACUGUUGCUGUUAGUGUGUCAGCUGCAGAUACAACAUCAGCAGUUCAAGUACCAGACACAACUGAAAAAGAGAAACCCUUUGAUCUUACUGCAGCUAAUACUGAAUCAUGCUCUAGAGAAGACAGUGAUGAUGUUCCUCUUCAGUUAGAAGAAAUAAAUGAAGCCGACAAAAACAAUAGUUUACAAAACGUAUCGUCCACUUCUUCCGAUUCCGUUAUAAAAGUGAACGAGAACUGUGUUACCACUGACGUACAAGUUAACGGAAGUGUUAAACAUGUAGAAGAUUUAGCCGUGGUGGCCGAUUCAGUAGUUGAAGAUGGUGAUGACGACGAUGACGUUGUAUUCGUGGAACAGGAAAAGAAAUAUGAAAUUAUCGUUUUAGAUGAUUGA